AAACAAUUUUGGUGUUAUAUAUGUAUAUGGAUAUAUUUAAUUACAGUGGGUAUACACUACUUUGUGAGGCCUGGCUGGCUACUCAACAGGUCCAAAACUUGGAUGGAUAUCUGGAGUUAUUGAGCCACGCCCCCGAGCGGCUGGAUUGUCACUGCCAGUAAUUCUCCAAUUGCCAGUAAUUUCCCGCAUAGCAGUGAUUUGUAUAGACUCGCGCAAAUAAAGAACCCCAGUGCUCAUUUUAUCCACGGAUGCAGCCGGACUGUCCCCUGCUCAGUUACCUACCAUGGAACACCUUUGGGAAAUACCCCUGGCAUUUUUAAUCUGCGCUUCUCUCACCUGCGUAAACUUCGUGGAGGCGCACCGUUCAGGAGCGAAAAAGGAAACGUUUCAACUGGAGGUGACCGAGUUCCAUGUGAAGAGUGUUGUGGUGUCCAGAUACGCGCGCUCCACCGUGCUCAGCACCAUCUUCAACCCACAGGCCACGGCCCAGGAGGCCGCCUUUGAGGUGGACCUGCCCUCCACCGCCUUCAUAUCCAACUUUACCAUCACAUCAAAUGGAAAAGAGUAUGUGUCUCAAGUCAAAGGCAAACAAGUGGCCAAGAAGAUCUAUGAAGCAGCCAAGGAGAAGGGCCAGACGGCAGGCCUGGUAGAAACGCGACAUUCGUAUGCUGAGAAGUUCGCCAUUGCCAUCAGUGUGCCCCCUGGUGAGCACUUGUCCUUCAAGCUGUCCUUCGAGCAGCUGCUGGUCAGGAGGCUAGGCUCCUACGACCUGGUCCUGGAUCUGAGGCCCUCACAGCCGGUCCAGAACCUCAGUGUGGAGGUGACCAUCGCCGAGCGCACUGGCAUCAGUUGGGUACGGGUGCUGCCUCUCCAAACCAAACAGCGGCAGCACAUUCCCAACACCUUAGCAGCGGGAGAAAAAGAGGUGGCCCUUGGCACCCUGUGGAGAAGUGACACCCAGGCCCGAGUGUUCUACAGCCCCAGCAUGGAGGAACAGACCAGCUCUUCCCAAUACGGACUCAAUGCAGACUUCGUACUCAAGUAUGACAUUGUCUACACUGACCUGAUUGGAGAUGUGCAGGUGUACGAUGGGUAUUUUGUGCACUACUUUGCUCCCCAAGAGCUGCCCAUUGUGCCAAAAGAGGUGGUCUUUGUCAUCGACUUGAGUGGCUCAAUGUCUGGGACGAAGCUUCUGCAGACCAAAGAGGCCAUGGACACUAUUCUGACAGACCUGCGGGGGCACGAUUACUUCAACAUCAUCACCUUCGCUACAGACGUCUACACCUGGAAGCCCAACGGCACCAUUCCAGCCACCGCAGCCAACAUCAAAGCAGCCAAAGCUUUCGUGAAGAAGAUGAAAGUCAUAGACAGCACCAACAUCAACUCGGCCCUGGUGGAGGCAGGCCACCUGCUGAGGGACUCCUCCGCCUCGCGGGAGGCCAGACACAGGGUUCCCAUGGUGAUCUUCCUGACGGACGGACAGGCCAAUUCAGGGGUCACAGAUCCAGGCAAAAUGCGGAAAAACGCCAGGAAUGCUCUCGGAUCAGCCGCUCUGUUCGGCCUGGCUUUCGGCCAAGGGGCUGACUAUGACCUGGUCCGCCAGCUGUCUCUGGACAACAGGGGAGUGGCUCGGAGAGUGUACACCGACUCCGCCGUGGUGCUGCAGCUGAAGGGUUUCUACGACGAGGUGGCCAGCCCCCUGCUGUCUGAGGUGCAGCUUAGCUACAAUGACGACCAGGCCUUCGAGGUGACCCGCUCCCUCUUCCCCAACUACUUCCAGGGCUCCGAGCUGGUGGUGGCAGGUCGCGUGCACCCGGGGGCCCGCAACCUUGACGUGACCUUGAACGCCAUCGACGCAAAGCAGCACCUUACCGCAGAAAAAAGGAAUCUCAUCCCAGAUCCGCAGCCUGUGGAGAAGCCCUCAGAGUCAGAAGGCCAUGAUGGCACUCUGGACCAGGAGGACAUCUCUGGGUUUGUGCAGCGCCUGUGGGCAUACAUGACCAUCAAGGAGCUGCUCCUGACUGCGGAGAAUACCACGGACGCCACAGUCGUCGCGGAGCUGAAGCAGAAUGCCAGCAACCUGUCGGUCAAGUACAACUUUGUCACGCCCGUCACCUCCAUGGUGGUGGUGAAGCCGGACACACAGCUGAGUGAGGGAGAGUCAACACCGGACAGAGAAGAUUCAACUGGGGACUCCAGAAAGCAAGGCAGUAUGAACUUCAGAAAACCCCUAGGCAGUAUGCAUUUCAGAAAACCCCUAGGCAAUGCUAAAACCCCUUCCAGAACCAGAACGCAUUCUGGACACAGUCAGAGUUUUUCCUCCUCAGGCGAUGGGGAUCCUCAUUAUGUAGUGUACCUGUCCAAGGGGGAGAUCGACCUGUGCUUCACCAUCGAUGGCCAUGCAAAUGAUGUCAUACGGCUAGUGGAGGAUGCCCAAAAUGGCAUCACCGUGGACGGCCGUCUGAUGUGGGCUCCCCCCGAGGUGGGCCAUGAGGACGUAGAGCGCACUUACUACGACCAGAUUGUGGUGUCCAGAAACGGACCCCAGCCUGUGAUAGUCACCUUAACCCUGGGCACCGUGACUGUUUCUGAGCAGGGGGGUGUAAACAGGACCCUUCGCACAGACGUCAUGGGCUCCGUCCGUGGCCCACACUUCCGGGUCCGCAUUGACGAUCGCCUGCGUUGCUGGGUGGACCUGGACCAAGGCAUCAGCUUCAUGGUGCUGCUGCACCACUAUAAGCACCCUGACUACACGCAGCUUAACCACCUGGGCUUCUACCUGGCCAGGGCUGAGGGCCUAUCUGUGGGGACUCAAGGCUUGCUAGGUCAGUUCCAGCAUGCUGACAUCCACGUGGAGGAGGAGGCGGCGGACCCCGAAGCCCUCUUUGAGGCUCAGGCCAUGGACAGCAGCGUCGUGGCCUUUGGGACACUGCGGAGAGGGCUGGCACGCGUCCCCGUCACUCUGAGGAGGAGGAUGCUGAAGGACACGGUGAGGAAGCCCCAUACGGGCCACUGCUGGGAGGUCCAGAAGACAGACGUGGAGAAGAUCCUGGCAGAGCCCUACCAGGCUUACGUGCAGGCCAGUGACCGCUGGUCUCCCAAGUUCAGGCACUGAGCAGCAUAACGCUGGUGGGGAAAAUGCUGAGUCACUUGGAUGACACAGCCUUUUUCUGUUCCUUAUUUUUUUUUAUUGGGAAAUCAUUGGUCAUGAAGGUGACCAGUGCUGCCAUUGUGGCGUGGUCCAAAAAAGACACUAAAAAGGACAGGACACUGGGUGUAAAACACAAGAGAAUGUGUACGAGACACUUGCACACCUACGUAAGUGCCUGCAUUUGUUCAAAUUGACUCUGAACACCUAAUGCAGAUUAUUGCUGUGGAUUGGAAUUCAGCAUUUAAGGUAUGAAUGUGUCAAAAACUUGUACUGCAGUACAAGUACAAAACUUGUACUGCAGUCAAAUGCCAAAUAUUUAUUGCUUGCGUCCACAGACCACAUAUUUGAACUUUACUACUGUUGCUGUUCAAUCAGUCAAUUUGAAUGUGACAAUUUUUUAUACAUUUCUGGUGAUGACCAUUUAAAAAAAUCAAUACCUUUGUGACAUAUAGAGCCCUUUAACAACCUCCUCUACAAUGUAUUAUCAAUACUGUAAGCUUGGACUUCACUAUCCCUGAAUGUCAUUAUUAUGACACUCAAUAGCUGUCAAAUAUAAGAGACAGAUUUCAGUAAUAAUCAGUAGUGAAUAGGGCGGUAUCGAUACACUCAACUCAUGAUUCGCAUCAAGAUUUUUGACCUGCGGUUCGAUACACCCCACAAUUAUGUAAUACAUCUUUAUAAAUUACAAAUACAUUAAAAAAUGAAAUUAUAAAUGUAAAAACUAUGAUGGGUAGUAGGUACAAUAGGUUGCAAAAGGCUAUUCAUUUUAAAAAGUUUUAAAACAAUAACGAUGGAUAUUUUACGCUUGGAAGCAUUAUCACAUCAUAUUACAUGGUUGUUUUCAAGACUGAAGGGCAAAAGAACUUUGAAAGAGUGUAUCACGAUUAGAGAUGCACCGGAUCCUGAUUUUUAGGAUCUUGCUGGAUACCGGAUCCACUGCUUAAGAUCCUGCCGGAUCCGGAACCGGAUACCGGAUCCUACGAAAGGGUUGAAACACAUAACCUACUCGUACACGUGGGCCCUUUUUAUUACGUUGGCUCAAACUAUUUUUUAGACUCAUUGGCUCACUGCUACACUGCCUGCACUGGCCGCUUCCAAAGUUCUUUCACUCCAUGCAGCAAUUGGGGUUGUGAAAGGCUGACUGAAAAACCUAGGCUAGAGAUGCACCAGAUCCUGAUUUUUAGGUAACUGCCGGAUACCGGAUCCACUGCUUAAGAUACUGCCGGAUCCGGAUCCUGUGAAAAACCCUAUUAUCCUGCCGGAUCCGGAACUGGAUCUUGGAUCCUGUGCAUCUCUAAUCACGAUACAGUAUCAUGACUGCGUAUAGCGAUUUCUCAAUUCUAUACAAUAUCUUUACAGCCCUAGUGGUGAAGCUUAUUAGCAAUGGAUUAAACAAACGAUUUUAUAUAAUAAAGAAACAACCACA